GUGUCUCUCUCUGUCUGUCUCUCUCUGUCUCUCGAGGGGGAGGGCGAGCGCAGGCGGAGGAUGAGCGCGGCAGCGGUGCCCGGCCGGGGGGGCUCUCGCCCCGGGGAGAUCGGGGGCGUGCGGGCCACCCCCGCCCCGUCUUCCUCUUCUUCCUCGACGGCGGCGCCUCCUCUUCCUCCUCCUUCCUCCUCGUCCUCCUCGUCGUCGAAGGAGAGCAAGGCCAUCCCGGAGGUGCUGGUGGACCCUCGGAGCCGCCGCCGGUACUGGCUGGGCCGCUUCCUGGGCAAAGGCGGCUUCGCCCGGUGCUACGAGAUCACGGACGCCGAGAGCAAGGAGGUCUUCGCGGGCAAGAUCGUGCCCAAGGCGCUCCUCCUGAAGGCGCCCCAGAAGGAGAAGAUGUCCAUGGAGAUCGCCAUCCACCGCAGCCUCCUCCACCGGCACGUCGUCGGCUUCCACGGCUUCUUCGAGGACCCCAACUUCGUCUUCGUCGUCCUGGAGCUCUGCCGACGGAGGUCCCUGAUGGAGCUGCACAAGCGCCGGAAAGCGCUGACGGAGCCCGAGGCGCGCUACUUCCUCCGGCAGAUCAUUCUGGGCUGCCAGUACCUGCACAGUAACCGAGUCAUCCACCGGGACCUCAAGCUCGGCAACCUCUUCCUAAACGACGACAUGGAGGUGAAGAUAGGUGACUUCGGCUUGGCCACCAAGGUGGAAUACAACGGGGAGCGGAAGAAGACUCUCUGCGGGACCCCCAACUACAUCGCCCCGGAGGUGCUUGGCAAGAAGGGCCACAGCUUCGAGGUGGACGUCUGGUCAAUAGGAUGCAUCAUGUACACCCUCCUGGUGGGAAGGCCGCCCUUCGAGACCUCCUGCCUCAAGGAGACCUACAUUAGGAUUAAGAACAACGAGUACACCAUUCCGACGCACAUCAACCCCAUCGCUGCUAGCCUGAUCCGGAGGAUGUUGAGGUCCGACCCGGCGGCCCGCCCCACCAUUGACGAGUUGCUGAAUGACGAGUUCUUCACGACGGGCUACAUCCCUUCCCGGCUGCCCACCACCUGCCUCACCAUGCCCCCCAGGUUCUCUUUGGCCCUCAACGGGCUUGAUUCCGGUGGACGGAAGCCUCUCACGGUGGUUAACAAAGGCCCAGAGAGUCCUGCGCUGGAAAAGGUCCCAGAGAAGGAAGAGGAGGCGGUCCAGCGGGACCCGGGGGAUCCUCCAGACUGCCACUUGGCGGAUCUGCUCCAGCAGCUGACCCUCGUCAACGCCGCCAAGCCCUCCGACAGGGCCCCGAUCCGGCAAGAGGAGGCCGAGGACCCGGCCUGCAUCCCCAUCUUCUGGGUCAGCAAGUGGGUGGAUUACUCAGACAAGUACGGCCUAGGCUACCAACUAUGCGACAACAGCGUUGGGGUCCUCUUCAAUGACUCGACCCGCCUCAUCAUGUACAACGACGGGGACAACCUGCAGUACAUUGAGCAGAACGGCUCGGAGUCUUACUUCAACGUGCGGUCGUAUCCGGAGACGUUCACCAAAAAGAUCACACUGCUGAAUUAUUUCCAGAACUACAUGAGUGAGCAUUUGUUGAAAGCCGGGGCCAACAUCACCCCUCGAGAGGGAGACGAGCUGGCGCGCCUCCCUUACCUGCGCACCUGGUUCCGCACACGCAGCGCCAUCGUCCUGCACCUGAGCAACGGCACGGUGCAGAUCAACUUCUUCCAGGACCACACCAAGCUCAUCCUCUGCCCGCUCAUGUCGGCCGUCACCUACAUCAACGAGAAGCGGGAGUUCCACACCUACAAGCUGACCCUGAUUGAAGAGUUCGGCUGCUGCAAGGAGCUGGCCAGCCGCCUCCGCUACGCCCGCACCAUGGUGGAGAAGCUGCUCACCUCCAAGUCGGGCGCGGCCGGCCUGAAGCCUUCGGCCUGAA